CACCAACCUCACCGCGCACGCGUACGGUGCACCUGCAGACUAGUUGUCUUCGGUUCUAGCUCCUUCAGCAGAUAUCCCCAUAGCCACUAGAUCAGAGGACUACGCGCGUCGAGCAGGGCAACGAUGAACGACUUAUUAGGGGACGCGCCGUCGCCGCGGUAUGGCGCGGCGGCGGAGCAGGAGGAGAUGGACAUGGAGACGGGGCUGAUGGACGGCGGCGGCACGGACCCCAAGAUGCAGCAAUUCUUCGACGAGGUGAACGACAUCAAGAACAACAUGCAGCAGAUCCGCCACCGCCUGCACAGCCUGCAGGAGGCGAACGAGGAGAGCAAGUUAGUCACGCGAGCGCCGGCCAUGAAAGCGCUGAAGGAGCGCAUGGAGGCGGACAUCGACGACGUGCUCAAGGUGGCGCAGGCCAUCAAGCGCCAGAUCGAGGCGCUCGAUAAAGCGAACGUGGACAGUCGGAGGACGCCGGGGUGCGAGGAGGGCACGGGCACGGACCGCACCCGCAUGUCCAUCACCAUGACGAUGAAGAAGAAGCUCAAGGAGCUCAUGAACGAGUUCCAGGACCUGCGCAGCAAGUUCCAGAGCGAGUACCGCGAGGUGGUGGAGCGCCGCUACUACACAGUCACUGGCAAGCGCGCUGACGCUGAGACGAUCGACACGCUGAUAGACACGGGCGACAGCGAGUCCAUAUUCCAGAAGGCCAUUCAGGAGCAGGGCCGCGGCCAGCUGAUGGACACGCUGGCAGAGAUCCAGGAGCGGCACAGCGCCGUGCAGGACAUCGAGAAGCAGCUGCUCGAGCUGCACCAGAUCUUCAUGGACAUGGCGGUGCUGGUGGAGUCGCAGGGCGAGCUGCUGGACAACAUCGAGGUGCAGGUGGGGCAGGCCGUGGACCACGUGCAACAUGGCACCAAGCAGCUCGUGGAGGCGCGCAAGACCCAGCUCAACACGCGCAAGUGGAUCUGCUGUGGCGUGAUCCUGGUGAUUGUGAUCAUCAUUGUCAUUGUCAUCGUCGUGGUCAAGCCCUGGGAGUUCGCCAAGAAGUGACACCGCGUAACCCUCGUGCUCACACCACACCCGGGGCUACUGCCAUGGCUGGUGCAGGGGAUGCGGUGUGUGUGCUGCUCUCGCCCCCUGCACUGCACCACAGGCGACUCUAGUGUAGUUGCUCCCGUGACAUCGCAUCGGCGCUUCCAUCCUCUAGUAUUCCAUCCAUCAACGCCACCCCCCCAUUCCUUGUACCACCUGCCAUGCCGCUUCACUGCGCCAUGCCACAGUAGCCUGCGUGCGUGCCUCCCUGCAUGCCAUGAUGCCAUCCCCAUUCCACCCGGUCUCCACCAUGCCAUACGCCCACCACUUCACCCAAUAAUGUAUAGCUUGUGCACCGUGUUAGGAAUGCUAUGAUGCCCACUAGGCCCUCCAUGAUGUAGGGUGUCUGUAGUGAUGGGUGGUGGGUGUAAUAAUGCCACUGCUCUAGUGGCAAGCGAUUGCCUUUAGCUUCAUGGUGGCUCCACUAGUGUAGAUAAUUAGCAUGCCAUCGGUGGUCAUUCGUAGUUGAUCUAAAGUAUGAUAGUGUUUGAUGUUUAUCUACGUUGUUACCGUCAUUGGUCGAAUAGCAUG